AUGAAGGUGCAGCGGUCGUUAGCGCUUUGCUUGAGCGCCCUGUUCAUUGGCGCCGUAUCGGUCGUUAAACAAUCAGCGGCGGUGCGUAAUGCAGUGCGUACGCAGAUACCUCUCACCGCGUUGUUCUCUAAGGUCAUGCACAAAAUCAACCCGGGAGUUGGCAACGUAGACCACGAACAGAUAAUCAAGGAGCGUUUGGUGGAGAUCGCAAUGGCCGAGGAUGCCGUAGAAGAACGUGUCUGCGAGCGUUUCGCUGACAAGGAUGCCUGCCAAGAAUCCGUGCAGCGUUACCUUGCUCGCUGCCGCGAUGGCAAGUGCAUGAAGUUGGACCAGGAGUUGCACCCGUUGCAAGACGCUGAGCCGACCAUCCACCUCCCCAAUACAUACCAGCUGGAGGCUGCUUUCCGGUUGUUCGCGCUGUUGGUGGCCGACUACCGUGCGGAGAACGGAGUUGAGCGCAUCAAGGUUAAAAGCAAAAUGAAGAGCAACCUGUAUCGCAUAUUCAUGAAAACUCUGGUGCACUACAACUCGUCCUUCAAAAGGCUGAACGCUACGGACACUUUCCUGAGUCGUUACCUUUCCACGGCCACGUUGUACUACAAGACCUACACGACGCUUGAGCCCCUGCGUACCGCGCUGCAGAACUUCUCGUCCAUCGCUCGCUACCUCUGCGGGAAGCGCAUUCGCAUGACCCUCGAGGAAAUCGUGAGGCACACCGCUAACGGCGCGGUCAAGAAGACGUCGGCUAAAUACGUUGUGCUAAAGACGGCGGACUUCUCGGACUACAUGGAGCAGCAGACGAACGGCUAUGAGUACUUCUCUCACCACUACGCCAACAUGACGAUGGACACGCUUCUCAAGACGAUGUCGGACAUUGUCAUAGAAUCGCAGAAGCCCUGGUAUGUGCGCAUGAUGCGCUGGUCGAUGCAGCGUGUGGCCAUCAAGCUGGCCAAGAAUCCCAUGUCCGGCGGCCUCUUGACAGACAUGUGGCACGAGUGGGAGCUGUUCAAAGUACGUUCAAAGGCGCACCGCUUCGAAAACUUCGUUGGACCGAUAGCGUAG